AUGUCUAUCCUGCCUCCCGAGAUCACGGCCGAGCUGGGCCAGCUCAUCCAGGGCCUCCAGUCUCCAGACAACUCCAUCCGCUCUCAGGCCGAGGAGGCGCUGGCAAACAACUGGACAAGCACGCGUCCUGAGGUCCUGCUGAUGGGCUUGGCUGAGCACAUUGCCGGGUCGCAGGACGUUCAGGUCCGAUCCUUUGCCGCUGUCAUCUUCCGCAGGAUAGCUUCGAAGUCACGAAAGAACGAGCAGGGACAGGUCGUUGACGUUUUCAUCUCCCUCGCCAAAGAGCAGGCUCUCGUCGUUAGGCAAAAACUACUCGAGACACUCGUCAACGAGACGGACAAGCAAGUUAGGAACAAAAUUAGCGACAGCGUCGCCGAAGUAGGAAGACAAUAUUCAGACGCGAACGAGCCAUGGCCUGAGUUGCUUACCGUGCUCUUCCAGCUGAGCAUGGCCGAGGAGCCGGGCAAGCGUGAAGCAGCCUUCCGCGUCUUCAACACCACCCCUGGCAUCAUCGAGAAGCAACACCAUGACGCCGUUGGCCAGGCAUUCACCAAGGGCUUCAAGGACGACUCUGUCGGAGUACGCCUUGCGGCCAUGGAGGCUUUCGCUUCUUUCUUCAGGAGCCUGAACAAGAAGAGCCAACAACAAUAUUACCCACUUAUCCCCGAAGUGCUCAACAUCCUCCCGCCCAUCAAGGACUCUCAGGACUCCGAGGACCUCAGCAAGGCUCUGGUCGCCCUGAUCGACCUUGCCGAAUCGGCCCCCAAGAUGUUCAAGCAUCUGUUCCACAACCUGGUGCAGUUCAGCAUAUCCGUGAUCCAGGACAAGGAGCUCAGCGACAUUUGUCGCCAGAACGCAUUGGAACUCAUGGCUACAUUUGCCGAUUACGCACCAUCCAUGUGCAAGAAGGAUAGCUCCUUCACAAAUGACAUGAUCACCCAAUGCUUGAGCCUGAUGACCGAUCUGGGGGAGGAUGAAGAUGUGCAGGACUGGCUCGAUUGCGACGACCUCGACCAAGAAGAGAGCGACCAAAAUCACGUCGCGGGCGAGCAAUGCAUGGACCGACUGGCCAAUAAGCUCGGUGGCCUCACAAUCCUCGCGCCAACUUUCAACUGGCUUCCUCGCAUGAUGCAGUCUAUGUCGUGGAAGGAUAAGCACGCUGCCCUGAUGGCCAUCUCGGCCAUCUCGGAAGGCUGCCGGGAGCAGAUGCUUGGAGAGCUCAGCCAGGUCCUCGACCUCGUCGUGCCAGCUCUCAAAGACCCUCACCCGCGCGUCCGAUGGGCUGGAUGCAACGCGCUUGGCCAGAUGAGCACCGACUUUGCGCCCACAAUGCAGAAGGAGUACUACGAUGCGAUUCUCAAGGCCAUUGUGCCUGUUCUCGACUCACCCGAACCCCGUGUCAAGUCUCACGCCGCGGCUGCCCUGGUCAACUUCUGCGAGGAAGCAGAGAAGUCUGUUCUCGAGCCAUACCUGGACGAUUUGCUGUCGUCGCUCUUCCGGCUCCUCCAGAACGACAAGAGAUACGUACAAGAGCAGGCCCUCUCCACCAUCGCGACGAUUGCCGAUGCCGCUGAGGCAGCGUUCAGCAAGUACUACGAUUCCUUGAUGCCGCUGCUUUUCAAUGUCCUGCAAUCGCCGAUGGACAAGGACACCCGUUUGCUUAAGGCCAAGGCCAUGGAAUGUGCGACACUCAUCGGUCUGGCUGUUGGAAAAGACCGACUUGCCGGGGAUGCGAUGAAGCUGGUCCAGAUCCUGGCCCACAUUCAAACAAGCGUUACAGACGCCGACGACCCGCAAGCACAGUACCUGAUGCACUGCUGGGGUCGUAUGUGCCGUGUUAUGGGUACCGAGUUCCUACCAUUCUUGCCUAAUGUCAUGCCGCCGCUGCUGGAGCUCGCCAAGGCGAAUGCCGAUAUCCAGCUUUUAGAUGACGAUGAGCAGGUCGAAGCGCUCCAGCAGGAAGAUGGCUGGGAGCUUGUGCCCCUCAAGGGCAAGAUGAUUGGUAUCAAGACCAGCACUAUGGACGACAAGCACAUGGCCAUCGAGCUCCUCGUCGUCUAUGCCCAAGUUCUUGAGGGCAACUUUGCAGCAUAUGUGGCGGAGGUCAUGGAGAAGAUUGCUCUUCCCGGUCUUGCCUUCUUUUUCCAUGAUCCUGUGAGGUACAUGUCCGCUAAGCUGGUUCCUCAGCUCCUCAACUCUUACAAGAAGGCUUACGGAAACCCGUCAAACGAGCUUCGCGGGCUCUGGGCUGCUACUGUCGAUAAGCUCCUGGAAGUACUGACCGCUGAGCCUGCCAUCGACACUCUGGCGGAGAUGUACCAGUGCUUCUACGAGUCUGUUGAGUGCCUUGGAAGAGAUUGUCUGACUCCCCAGCACAUGGAGAAGUUCAUUGAAUCGGUCAAGACCGCUCUUGAUGACUACAAGGACCGUGUUCAGGAGCGUCUCGACGAGAACGAUGGUGCAAACCCCGAAGAUGUCGAAGACGAGGCUGAGGAAACGAUGAUGGCGAUUGAGGACGACCAGACCCUGUUGUCAGAUAUGAACAAGGCUUUCCACUCCAUUUUUAAGUAUCAUGGAGCGGCCUUUCUCCGACCCUGGGAGCGUCUCAUGUCGACGUACGAGGCUUUCCUCAACAACGGACGGGAUCCCACGCAACGCCAGUGGGGCUUGUGCAUCAUGGACGAUGUGCUCGAGUACUGUGGCCCUGAGUCCAUCCACUACGCCAACUACAUCAUGACACCUCUGAUCGAGGGAUGUCGCGACGCCUCCCCAGCCAUCCGCCAAGCUGCCGCGUACGGCAUUGGAGUCGCGGCGCAGAAGGGUGGGCAGGCUUGGGCACAGUUCCUGGGCGGUUCCGUCCCAUCCCUGUUCCAGGCGACACAGGUGCCUGACGCCCGCAGCGAAGACAACGUCUACGCUACCGAGAACGCGUGUGCGGCCAUUGCCAAGAUCCUGCACUUUAACGCAAGCCACGUGCCUAACACGGACGAAGUUAUUGCGCAGUGGAUCAAUACCCUGCCCGUCACGAAUGACGAGGAGGCUGCUCCAUACGCAUAUGCGUACCUGGCUGAGUUGAUUGACAAGCAACACCCUGCCGUCGGCCAACAACCCGACAAGGUCUUCCUCUAUAUCGCGCAGGGCCUUGAAUCACAGACCCUGACCUCCCAGACUGCAAGCCGCGUGUGUGCCGCCACAAAGGUGCUGCUCCAGGCGACGAACACGGACCCGACGCCGCUGCUCCAGCAGUUCACGCCGGACGCCCAGCAGGUUAUCAUGGCCUUCUUCAACUAG